UUGGUAAUCUGCACGAGUGGCCCUGGCCAAAAUAGCAGGAGAGGCAUGGCGCACCUAUACACAAUUACGCCUACGUGUGUUACGCACACACGCCCGCGCGCGCGAUCCGGCGACGACAAUAGUUCCGUUCGCAAAGUCCAUAAUAUGAUUCACGGACAAUUUCAAAAGACAACAUUUCGACAUUCCUGCCUCGUGCGCAACUUCCAUGGUUAUAAGCAAGAAGGGGAACUUUGUAAGGUCAGGGAUAUCGCCGGACAGGGACGACGAUGAACCUUCUUGCUGCCCCGAGCCAACUUCCGGCCGCGUAACUAUAAAUAUUAAUCGAUCGUUCACAACUUUAUCGUAUCGUAUGAACGCAAGGGACAUUUUUUUACAACAUGAAGAUGAUGGUGCAUCGGUGUCGUCGAAAAUGUCGUUUUUAUGACGCGUUCAUCUCUCGUAAAUUCACAGGAGACUGAUGCAAACUUUUGCGGAAGUUGCAAAAGAAAGUUGAUGGACAUAAUGUCGCUAUGCAAACAUUCUACUCACGUACACACAUGUCAACUACGUCGCGUUUAAGCAUCCGGAAAGUGAAACCGAGCAUUAUUCGCAAUAUUCGCGUAAUAAAAAUCUUAUAGUUUUCACGCUGUGAAACGACAUUGAGUGCUCCUGUUCCAAGGUACGGAGUUGGCACUGGCUGGAAGGAGGUAAUCGCCGCUGAAGGAAAUUACGUGACGGUUUUAUGAAUGAUCGAAUGCAAAGCGUAGGCACACGUGACCGGCGCCGAUAAUCGCAUAGACGCGAAAGGGCGCUUUUACUCGCGAAAGACAAACAGUCGAAGCGCCAUCACGCCUCUCUUUUCGAAAAAAACGGAUAUCCAGCGAAGAAAUAAGAAGGAAGGAAAAUAUUUCCGCGGCGGGAUGCGGCCGUAUUUAUUCGAGACCGCCUGAAAUAGUGACGACCGCGAUGAUGCACUCGCGCGCUAUGAUUCACGCGCGUAAUUUUAUCGUAAAUGCUUUCUCCUCGCCCGCCACCCCCCCGAUAAAUGUCGAUGACACGUCGUCGAUCCACGAUGUUUACAAAAUAAUGCACUCGCUCGCCGAAAUUCAUGCGCUGCGCGCACGUGUGAGUGCGCUAAUCGAAGAAAAAAUGUAAAUUGAUUCGCGUCGAAAACAACAAUUGUCUAUUCAACUUAAUGCCAAUCAAAUGUCCGAGUUCGUAUUCCGAUAUGGGGAUAGUGUUGUCUUGCAGUAAAUUGAUCGGUUUUAUAUUUAACGUUUGCGCGGAUAAGAUAUUCUUUCUUUGUUCCAAACAUCUAUCGCAUUACUCGUUCAUUUUUUUUUUUUUUUUUUUUACUUAAAAACGAUUGAAAACAAAAUCAAAUGAAACGUUUGUUCGACUCGCUGUAAAAAAAAAUUUUGCUCGGAGCGAUAAAGCUACAAGUCUCGCAGACUACAAGCUCUUCGGAAAUCACGAAGUCGUGAAAAGAUUUGUUUAACCGCGAUUGCGGGCAAGGCAAACGAACAAAGGGUGGACUGUACAUCUUUCACGCCGAAAUCUACUUCUCGCCGCCAUUCUUCGAUUAGUGCCCUCGCGCUAUACAUUCUCAUUCGCAUAAUCGUUCAUUACCGAUUCGAGAUAUGCAAAUAUCGCGCAGUCGUCCUUGAGGAAGCUCCUCGAAGCGUACAACCGGCGCGCCGUCGUAUGCUCAUUUUCAUGCGACUCGCAGCAGCGUCAUUUUUCUUUAAAUUCAACAAAAGAAAUCGAAUUCGAUCUGAUGUCAAAGCAAAAACAAGAAAUACUAUCUUAUAAUAUGAUACAAUGAUAUUUUCUUCACGUGCCACAUAAUUCAUUUUUGAUAGAUUCUCUGUUCGACUGAAGUCGAAAUUAAUAACUGCAGACCUUUAUUAAUGAAAUUCACAUUCUAAAGAAACGGGAGGGCACACAUUAUCUUGAAUUAUAUUUUAGUUUUAAUCUAAAUUAUAUUAAUUAAAAGAAUGAAAGGCUCAGUAGCCGGUCAUUGUUCCCGUUCACAACUGGAGAACAAGAAUUAUAACGAGUUAGAGGCGGCAAUUAACGUCUUGACGAUAAUGAGCGACGAGGUCGAAUUCGAAGACAGACAUUUUAUCGAGUAAAUUGCCGGUAAACGUGACGAAAUACGUGCCUUGAGUGUGCGAAACGAAAGAAUCAAUCGAUAGCUCGAUAGAAUGUGAAGAGACAGGAAGCGGAGUAGACAAGGCACAAAUUAUGCGAAUUCUCUAUACAUACUAGACGAUUUAAAAUGUAGUCGAUGCUAAAAUCCAGAGAAAAAUCGUAGCUUUUCUAACUCGAGCAAUUAACUUUACAUUAUUAUAAUCUCUAAAAUUCACGUGUUCUCAUUAGUGGCUUACAUCAUUACUCCUCACUCUUGCAACGAAUUAGCUUUGAUAAUUGGAAACAGCUAUCUCAGACAAUUUUGAUUGAGAUAUUGCCCAAUCCUGCUUGUUUACGAGCUACGUUUGUAUCGUAGCGUUUGAAAAUCAUAUAUCAUUCGCGCGGCAGAUGCUGACUGGCGAUACUCGCGGUCUCCUCUAUUACGAUAUCUACGCACUUGCGCAAAAGUCAGCAACACCAACGCAACAACGAGCUUCGAGCGGCUCGCUCCAAAGAUCAGGGCUGUGCAACACGAUCUCUGCCCAAUCUCUCCGCUUCCCCGGCGACCCGUCGCGCAAUACAAACGAAAUAACGAAUAAUCGCGACACGUUUUUAUCAUAUUGCGAAGGACUCUUCAAGACGGAAAGUACGGCUUUAUCACCGAUCACGUGGAUGCCGCGAUGCUCGCGAGGUCAGCGCUGUAUCGACAGGUGAAUAGGCCCAGACUCGAGCCGAUUACAGCUGCUCCUUUGAGAUACGAUUCCACGAUGACCUAACGUUAAGCAGUAACGUCCCACAAUUUUGACCUAGCGGUUCUUUUCGGUUCAACUAUCGCGGGGUAUCGCGAAAAAAAGCUAGAUUGAUAAUCUUACAUCAUGCUCCUCGGUCGAAACGAUAAGGGCUUUCGAUAAAGACUUCCAACGAUACAUAUUUAUAUUCAUUGUCGGUUUGGAAUAUUUCAGAUAAGGAAGUGACUUUAAAUUCGGAAUGCUAAAGGUUAAGCAUUUAGCAAUUCUAAUGACUUUACGUUGGCAAUUUUAAUGCUCGCAAAAACUGAUUGAAGAUAUUCGUAAAAUAUCGAUAUUCCAAAAGGAGUGAUGCAAUGCUCAUAUUUAUUAAACUAUAUGAAGCUUGAAUUGAUUAUGCAUUGGUAAAGACAACAGCACUCACGUAGUUUUCACGUUUUUUUUUUUUCAUAAUAAAUUCUUUUUUGUUGAAUAGCUUGACGUACGUAUUUCUAAAAAUAAAAUUAAUAUUGUGUAAUAUUUUUCUUUUAUUGUCUAGCAGUUUUUUUAAAGAAAAAAAGGAGCAAGUGUGCAGUAUUACGACAGAGUUAAAGAAAAUUCAGAGGCUUCGCAAUGUAAAAUAUAAAUUAUUAUAAUGCAUAAUAUUAUUUUGAGAGAUAUUUUUUAAUAAAGGGUUGGAUUCUGAAUUGUCUUAUCUGAAACCUUUAUGAGAAUAUUUGAGCGCGACGUUGACGUGGCGUGUAGUAUGAAUCCAGCUUUAAACCGUUGCGAGAAUCAGCAGCGGCGGACUCGAGGCGAUGCCUAUUUCGUAGCCGGCGAUGCAGCCGGCAGGUGCGCGUACCCAGAGCACUGUCGAGGUCUUCCCCACCCUUCCUCGCGUUCCCUCAAUGAAACGCGCGUAUCUGACGAAAUCGCGAGCUCGGAAUUAGUAAAGUGUUGCGUUCGCUGUCGUCGGCGUCGCCGCCGCCGUCGCCGCCGCCGCCGCCGCCGCGUGUGUCGAAACGACACGCGCGAUAUAUCGCCGACGCACACACGCGCGAGCGCGCGAGGCCCGGCGGCCUGUGCACACGUAUACGUUUACAGAGAGAUACCAGAUAUCCUUCGGUAAGGUCAAAAUGGCGGUCAAUGAUAUCAUAACAAGAUGGAAAAGCACGGAAUCCUGAAUCACCGGAUAUACGAACGAUAUUACAUCAUACACUGUUGCUAUCGUAACACGUGCUAUGAUUGUGCACGCGGAUAAUCGUCACGAAUCUGGAGAGUGGACCGUUAAAUUUAUUACGAGGAAGUCGUAUCUGCGGAAGCAACAGAUAGGUGCCUAAUUAUACAACAUCGAGAUUUUUCUGUAAAUACGAAAUGACCGACGAAGCCGGCGGCGAGAGGAACGGCGUGAAAACGGAUCCGGGCGCUAUCAGACACGGGAACUUCAUAAAUUAUUACCAAUUCCAUCCUGCGGAAGAGCGCGUGCGGCAACUUCCGCGUGGCGUGUGGCAGCGGCGGCGGGUCGCUCAUCCGGCCCGGAAAUACGCGGGUCUAGACGUCGGCUGUAACGCCGGGGACCUCACGUACACUCUACACGACUUCCUCGAAGAGGCCUUGCUCCAAGAUCAGCCUGAGAUCUCCUUAAUCGGCGUGGAUCUGGACCCAACCCUGAUCGAGAGAGCGCGCGAGCGUAAUCCGCGCCCGGAUCGCGUGACCUUCGAGUGUCUGAAUUUUUUGUCCGAAGACUGCGACGAGACGCUGAGGGGGUAUCUAGCGCAGGUUCACAAGACACGAUUCGACGUGGUGUUUUGUUUCUCUAUCACUAUGUGGAUCCAUCUGAAUCACGGCGAUGACGGUCUGGAGCAAUUUUUGCAAAAGGCAUGCGAUCUAGCGGAAAUGAUCGUCAUUGAACCGCAGCCUUGGAAAUGUUACAGAAACGCGUCGAGAAGACUGCGACGAGCGAAAUCAGAGGACUUUCCACUAUUAAAGGAAUUGAAAUAUACCGGUGAUCCGAUGAAGCAUAUAGAGGACAUUUUGACGAAGCGGUGCGAUUUUCAAAAAGUCACAAUCACCGAGGGCAACGAUUGGGGACGCAUGCUUUUGAUUUAUGAACGGAAACAGCAAUCUUAGAACAUUAAUAAAUUAAUGAAUAUGCAUUUUCUGCACAAAAGCCGAUUUCCCUCGUUGUUUAAAAUGUAUAACGCUGUAGCAGACAAUUUGCUCACUAAGAGAAAAAAAGAAAUUGGUAUAUUAUUAUCAUAAUGAAAAUAUGAUAAUGUAUUUGAAAAAGUAAGCAUGUAU